AUGGUUCGUACGGUCACUUCAUAACUCGACCCUCGUCCAGCCUUCACCUGGGAUCAUUUGCACGUUCGAUACUGGCUCCGCGACCCUCACUUCUGUGCAUUUAUUCAACAUGGCCGUGUACAAGUUGGUGCUCAUCCGCCACGGGGAGAGCAACUGGAACCAGGAGAAUCGGUUCUGUGGGUGGUUCGAUGCGGAUCUGAGUGCAACCGGUGAAAAGGAGGCCAAGAGGGGCGGACAAGCUCUGAAAGAUGCUGGUUUCGAGUUCGAUAUAUGCUACACCUCUGUUCUGAAGAGGGCCACCAGAACGCUCUGGUUGGUUUUGGACAGCAUCGACCAGAUGUGGGUCCCGGUUCAUCGGACGUGGCGCCUCAACGAACGCCACUACGGAGGGCUGACGGGUCUGAACAAGGCAGAGACAGCAGCCAAGCACGGUGAAGCUCAGGUGAAAAUCUGGAGGCGCUCGUUCGACAUCCCGCCUCCUCCAAUGGGCCCGGACCAUGACUACUACACCAUCAUCAGCAAGGAUCGGCGCUACGCAGACCUGACCGAAGACCAGCUUCCUUCCUGUGAAAGCCUCAAGGACACGAUCGCUCGUGCGCUGCCUUACUGGAACGAGGAGAUCGCCCCUCAGAUCAAACGUGGGAAGCGUGUUCUCAUCGCUGCUCAUGGAAACAGCCUGAGAGGAAUUGUCAAGCACUUGGAGGGAAUGUCAGACGAGGCCAUCAUGGAGCUCAACCUGCCAACCGGGAUUCCCAUCCUCUACGAGCUGGACAAAAACCUGAAGCCUGUGAAGCCCAUGCAGUUCUUGGGAGAUGAGGAAACUGUGCGCAAAGCCAUGGAGGCCGUCGCUGCUCAGGGAAUGGCCAAGAAGUGAAAAACAGCCAGUAUCUAAUGUAGUUAAAUAAGGGAUAUCGUGGGUGUCAAUCCACUCUGCGUAUAAUAUAACUGGAAGAUCAAAUAAUUUUACUUAACUUAAAAAGACCAACAGAUAAUGAAAAUCAAUUUUAAUCAAAAAUGAUUUUAAUAAAAUGUAAUUUAUUUUCUUAUUUAUUGUUAUUUUUAACUCAACCCAAGAUAUAUUUUACUCUCACCAGUGAGAGCUAUUUUUCACACAUUCCAUUCACUGUAAUGUUACAAGGAAGUGGCAUGUCUUUUAAGUCUUUAAUCGGUGAGGAAUGUAGCAACGUCCGCCAUGUGCAUGUUUUUGGCAACCAACCUGUGUGAGCUGUGAGUGAGAUUGCUGUCUCUGUCUGUGUGUUUCUCUCGCUGUCGUGUUGAGCUCUGAGCUCAACUACUAGUGUUCUGUUCAUUCAUCCACCUGUGCCUCCUGCUACACAAAGUAAUAAAUGUUU